UUCAGAGGCGGAGCAGAACUCCUGUUUGAUGGGGUACGAAAACAUCAGGUGAAUUUGCCCCACCAGUCUGAACCUUGGAAGCUCCGACAUUUGCUGACAUGGAUCAAAGAGAACCUCCUGAAAGAGAGGCCUGAAUUAUUUGUGCAAGGAGACUCAGUGCGCCCAGGAAUCCUGGUGCUUAUUAAUGAUGCAGAUUGGGAGCUGAUGGGCAACCUGGACUAUCAACUGCAAGAUCGGGAUCAUGUGGUUUUCAUCUCCACCUUACACGGGGGUUAGGCCCGCCAGGGAGGGGCUGUCCCCAAAACAGCAAGGAGGACAAAAGUAAACCGCCUGGGUUGAGCCAACUUCGUCAGAAAGCCAACGUUUUUGGAGCGCCUGGACCUACCUGCGGGGUUGAAUCCCAGCUUUGGAGGGGAAGAAUGUAACUCUGGAGAAUGUUAUCUCGGGUCAGUGGGCCAGGCGAGCCCCCGAGAUGUCAUCGACUGCGCGAAAUGACUUGGGGACCACAGGGCUGCAGCUGAGCCCUGUUGUGGUUUGCAGCGAGCGAGAAAUCCCCGUCUUUUUUUUCCCCCUCCCUAGCAGCCCGACAAGACAAUCUCAGGGCUGGGAUGAGACAAGGGCAGGAACUUUCUCUGCCUCUGAUCCAGCCUUCCAGGCCUUUAGGACCACAGUCUCUGCCUUGGCUUGCCUCUCUUUGAUCCGCAGGCCUUAUUCGUUGCGACAGGCCUCCAACCGGCAUUGCGCUAGCUGAACCGGAAAGAACCUGCGCGGCCCACCUACAAAUCCUUGCUUUGAAUUUAGGGUGUGCGUUACGCGUGUACCAAAGUUGUGCAAAACUCUGGACUGUUUGAGGGCCUCCCGCUUGUGCAGGGGGCUGGACUAAGAGACCCCCAACUCUUGUUGUUCUUAUUCCCUUGCUUGCCUUCCUUGUACCUAUAUUUUAAAUAAAUAUUGUGCGGAG